AAAUAAUUUGAGCAUCAAAAUGGUUUAGCAGGUCUGAAAAUGAAUGAUGCUACUUUUGGCUACUUGUCUUCUACCCAUAAUAGCUGCCAUUUGGGAGGACCUUCCUGACGAGAAUUGUUACCACUGUGUGCGGUAUGCGGGAUCAGAGGUUUAUUUCACAGCUCAGGGACUCGUCAAUUCAACUCUUGUCGUUGGGGGAAGGAAUGCUGUAUUGAAGCUAGAUUUUAAAAAUCAGAUCGAUGAGAAUUUUCCCGAUAGAGACGUAACAGGGCAGUCAAAUAUUCAAGACAGAGCCCACAAUGACUACACUAACUGUCUGGAUGCUGGUCGAUCAAAGGCGAUGUGUGCUAACUACUACAAAGUAAUAAUCCCAAUAGACGAUAGGACGGUCCUUCUCUGUGGUACCUCCGCUUACAACCCCCAGUGUGAUUUCAGACAGGUAUCUGAUCUGAGCUACUCUAAGAGACUGGACACGGUGUCAGGAGAAGGGCUCUGUCCGGCUGAUCCUAACAUGUCCGUCACGUACACCAAAACCUCCACCGGUGUUGGUUUCGCUGGAACUUGUCGGAGUGUUUGUACUCAGCACGCCAUUUCUCGCAUGAACCUACAGGCUGGAUCUCUAGUCGCAACUGCGCGCACCUUCAAGACGGAGGAGGUACUAAGUGGAGCUGAUUUUGUCUACUCUUUUGAGCAGGACGACUUUGUUUACUUCUUGUUUAAGGAGACCGCUCUUGAAGAGGAAAGAGAGUACGUCUACUCGAGAGUAGGACGAUUAUGUAAGAACGAUGUUGGGAGCAGCUCUGUCUUCUUCAAAGAUUACUUCAAAACCUUUCUAAAAGUCAGGAUCUACUGUACCAGCAACCAGCCGGGGGAGACCCCUUUCGACCACAACGAACUGGGAGGCGCUUGGUUUGAUGAAGGAGUUCUCUACACCACUUUCUCCGGGCCCAAAAACCUGGUCAGUGGUUCCAUACUCUGCACGUUUACUCUCCAACAAAUAGAGGCCGCUUUCAAGGGCAAGUACAAAGUACAUGACUUUGACACCAUGAGGUGGAUGCCAAAGAAGAACUUCAAGCCAGUACAGUGCACCUCCCACCCCAACAUCACAGCAGCCCGUGAAAUAGUGCUGAUGCACGACCCCAUCUUCUCCUCGACCCCUCUCUACUCCUACCCCUCACACAGACUAUCAGGCUUAGUUGGCAGGGAGUUCUCCGCCUUUGGUUCUACUUUUUACGAGCUCUUCUCUAGUAAUGCUGAAGGGAAAGUUAUUCGUGUUACAUACGAUAAAGGUAGCCCCCACAUCAUCUAUGAUCAGACCUUCCAAGCGGCUAAUAGCGAGAUAUUAUCUCUGCUCCUUGACCAAGAUAAGAUCUACGCUCUCUCCCAGACCUCCGUCACGAUGAUCCCUUCAGAAUACGAUUGUGGCAAACCUAAAACAUGCCACUCUUGUAUAUCCCACCACUACCCUAUGUGUGGGUGGUGUUACGGACAAGGCACCUGGUCCUGCACUGAGUCCCACACUUGUACUACCUCCUGGAUAUCUCCUUUAUCACAGUGCGAGGACCCUCCCACGUUUAAGUCUGUACCAAAGAAUGAGACCUUCCGAGAGGGUGAAACAGCAAUACUUGUCUGUUCUGCCAGGGACAGCCAUCCUUUCUUCUGGACAAAACCAGGAGGAGUAAUUCCCCGGAAGAGCAAGACAAUGGAUAACGGUCACCUGCUGAUACCUCUCCUCCGGGCUGAAGAUGAGGGCUGCUACCGGUGUAAUAUGAACAACACAAGCGGAGCUGUAUUCGCGGAGGCCUGCCUGUCCGUCCUCGUUGCACCAGCGUUCACAGAUAAAGGGAAGCCACAAGACACUUCAAUACAAGUUGGAUACUCCAACUUGCUGCUGCCCUGCGUCGGGACUGGGAGCCCUAAACCUGCUGCCACCUGGGAGCGGAUAGGACCUAAACUACCUGAGGGCUCAGUAGUCCUGGAGGACGGGUCUCUGAAACUGAUCAGAGUGAUGACUAUAGAUGCUGGUCAGUACAAGUGUACGUUGGAGAACCAGGAGGGUACAGUUCACCAGUUCAUCAACCUCCGGGUCGACAGUCCUACAGACGCGAUCACUAACGGAACAGAAGAGCAACAAUAUGGUAACCAGAUGAACAAGCGGACGAUAAUAACUCUAAUAAUAUGUGUGCUAGUUGUGGUGCUCUGCUUUGUAACCGGAUUUGUGGCCUUCACGUUUAGGAGACGACAAAGGAAACGCCGUAAUAAUAGACACGAGUACCUAGAGAAUGAUAAUCCCCUCGCAAUGGACUCUCCUCUUCCCAUUGCUAACACUCCUUUACAAGCUUUACACAAUCACUGGUCCAACAUGGCGGAAGAGGUACCACAGACCCCUCUAGCAGGUGCAGCCGGUCUUCACGGCCUUGUAACCCUACCUGAGGUGGAGGAUGAAGCUCCCCCAGCGUACACAGAGCACCCUCACAUCCUCCGUGACCUGUCCUCAGACUACCAUCUCCUCUCCUUCCCCACCCAAUCCAACCCCUCUCCCGUCCUCUACCAGCCGCUAGCGCAGCACGAGUGCGGCGGCCGUCACCAAGACUGCAACUCCAGACCUCACGAGUGCAGCUCGAACGGGCCAUCAGGUCCGCGCUUCAUCACUUCUCUCCCAGAUAGCUCUCCUAGCUUCUUAUCAACUCUACCAGUUAGCAGAGAAUCAGAUGAACAGUAUGACGUCAUGCCCUCUCAAGCUGGUUAUAACGCCCAUUCUAACGACCCCCCCGAUUGAGGGGAGCGAGGGUUUAUAAAUUAGGGUUUUGAUUGACUGUUUUGUUCGGGUUUAAGCGAAGUGAGGUUGAUAGGUUCAGCUUUGUGGAACGGGUGUUUUUCAUUGGGUUGAUCGGCGAUAAUGUUUUUUACUUCGGUUCAUCAGGUUAAACCUUGUCCCUUUCCUGGUCCGUCAAUUUUUUGUGACCAUCAAUAUGAUUAUUUCUGCUUAUUGAGUUAGUUUGUACAGAGAAUUUAAAUUAUUCACAGGAGUUAGUUUAAAGAAAGCUUAUAGAUGUAAUGGAAUAGUAAAUGCAAUGAUAUUCCUUACUUCUACGCCGUUACAAUGUCAAAAUGCCACCUGAAAUUAAAUAAGUAGCAUGUUUUGAUUUUGAAGAAAAAAUAUUUAAGUUUAAUGUUUAAAUCCCAGAUUUUAUUCCGACAAGAUGAGAAAAUUUCGCCAAAUAUCCAUUAUCCACAACACUAAUAUUUUAUACCAUAGUUAACUACAGUUUCCUUUACAUAUUGGAUUGAAGCUAAGAUUCAAUUGCCUAGGUUGGGUUUCACAAUCCAUGCCACUGGAUUGAUUUAGGGGGACGGAUAGGAGUUUUUUAUGCUACUUUAUCACUUUAAGAGCUCGAGUUGUUUAAAUUAAAUAUUCUGUAAGUUACAACAAUUGGAGUGUUCUUUUAAUUUAAAAAUGAUAAUGUGGGAACAUGCAUACCUUUCAGUGUUACUAACCGAGGCGUGCACUUUGAACACUAGUACUUGGUAAAAAGCUUUGUGCCGAUAGGAUUUGCCUUGAACUGUAGAAUAACAUCACACCUACCAAUAAUAUUGAUAGUAACUGUUAUAUUGCUCAUUUGCGAGAAAGAUUUUUAGGAAAUAUGCGAGUUGGUUGAUUACCAUCAGUGCGAUAUUUUCUGUGAAAAUUGGUUAAUUUACUCACCACUAAAUUUUGAUAUUUAAACAUUUUAAUUAAUUAUUAUUUUAUGCUGUUUUGUCAAAAAUUCUUACAGUGUAAUAUAUUUAUAGCAUUUUUCUUGUUUGCUGGUUUGAAUUACACAAACAUGACCGAC